GCCCCCUCUCGUCCGCCUUGGAAGAAGGCUAAUAUCAUGGCGGAUAGGGACAGCGGCAGCGAGCAAGGAGCGGCGGGCGGCAGCAGCAGCGGCGGCGGUGGCGGCAUCAUGCACCCCCUGCAGCAGCAGCAGCAACAGCAGCAGCAGGAGACGCAGGAGCUGGCGUCGAAACGCGUCGACAUCCAGAACAAACGCUUCUACCUGGACGUGAAGCAGAACGCCAAGGGCCGCUUCCUCAAGAUCGCCGAGGUUGGCGCGGGCGGCAGCAAGAGCCGCCUCACGCUCUCCAUGUCCGUGGCCGUCGAGUUCCGAGACUACCUGGGCGACUUCAUCGAGCACUACGCGCAGCUCGGGCCCAGCUCCGCCAUGAGUGGAGGAGGAGGCGGCGGUGGCGGCGGUGGUGGUGGCGGUGGCGGCAUCGGCAGCGGCGGUGACCACCAAUCCCACCAGCAGCAGCAGCAGCUGCAGCAGCCGGACGAGCCACGCCGUGCCCUCAAGAGCGAGUUCCUGGUGAGGGAGAACAGAAAGUACUACAUGGACCUCAAGGAGAACCAACGCGGCCGAUUCCUGCGGGUCCGCCAGACGGUGAGCCGGGGCCCCGGCCUGGGUGCCCAGGGCCAGACCAUCGCCCUGCCGGCACAGGGGAUGAUCGAGUUCCGAGACGCGCUUGCCAAGCUCAUCGAUGACUUCGGCGUGGACGAGGAGCCCGCGGAGCUGCCAGAGGGCACGGCGGUGACGGUGGAUAACAAGCGUUUCUUCUUCGACGUGGGUGCCAACAAGUACGGCGUGUUCAUGCGUGUGAGCGAAGUGAAGCCGAGCUACCGCAACUCCAUCACGGUGCCGCUGAAGGCGUGGGCCAAGUUCGGUGCCACGUUCAGUCGCUACUCCGACGAGAUGAAGAAGAUUCAGGAGAAGCAGCGUGAGAAGAGAGCCGAGCCCGUGGAGGAGGAGGAAGGAGGUGGCGACGACGGAGAAGAUUGAUUCAAUCGAAGAUGGAGGCCCUUCUGCGUGGUGUUUUGGGGUUGGUGUGAGCGGUGUUGGGGGUUGGGAUUGGGUGAAGGGGGAAGGAAUGGGGGGCAUCUGUGGGUGAGAUUUUAAUUUGUCAUCACUUGAUUAUUCUAUUUUCGGAAACAGAAAAAACGAAAAAACUGCGAAACAAAAAUAUUCACAAGAAUGAUGGAGAAGAGAGAAAACGUAAGAAAAUGCAAAAAGGAAAAUGCCAAUGUGAGAAACGAAGAGUGAAUUGUGAAUUGAACUUGGCUUGCUGGACUGUCCUGUUCUCUAGUCAUUCAUCGUUUAAGGUGAAGACGUCACUACAGAGCAGAACAGCAUCUGAAGAUUAAAGUUCAAAUCAACCACCACUCCUCCCGAUGACCCCACUUUCACCACCACCUGUUAGCAGCAGCAGUGCUUUUGGAAGGUUUGUCGCAUCUCGGCCUUAUGUUAUCUUCUUGCGCAGUCCACAAUCCCACAUUUGCUGGAAGCAGUUGACAUGAAAUGUCCUAGACAUUGCUAAUGAGCACUGUUUUUUCGUACUUGUUUCGUAUAGGGGGGGGGGGGGGGGAGUUGACAAAAAAAAGAAAUAUCUUAACGUAUUUUAAUUUAACAUUUCCCUUCCCAAAAGGUAACUUACGUUUUAUAAUGACCGUGCAAUUUGAGUGGCGAAAAAAACAUUCGAAUAGUAUGCACACUAUCGUUUUAUGUCUUUUGAUUGGAUUUUAUGUAAUAGCUUGGCACAAUCAGAAUUGGGGUUCUAUCAAAGGCUAAACAAAUGUUAUCCAGCCACUACGGACUCGUGGUUUAAGAAUGAAAAUUGCGUGUUAUUUGUGUUUAGGUUAAAUAUAUACAACACAGUCGCUGCUGCAUCAUUGCAAAUGCAGGUCCGCCCAAAGUUUGCUUAUCUUUAACUGCAAAAAGUAAACCACGUAAAGCAAUGUACAUGUUCGUUUUUUAGCCAGUUCAGUGAGCUCAGACCAUGUAUGGCCCCAAAGAAUCCCAUAGUUUGAAGGGAAGGCAUUUUUUAGCUAUUCUUUGUAAUAGUUUUGGAGUUGCCACCGAUCCAACAGCGAGUGUCCGGACACAAAUGUAGGCCACGUCGAUUGUGCGAUUGGGUUAUUAUAUAGCUAUAUAUAUUUUACGGUUGUAAAAAAAAAAUAUGCGACGACACAAAAAAGAAUAUCUAUUUACGUGGCAGAUUUUUAUUUUAUUUUACGAGGUCCGUGGCCCAAUAGCCUCCCAUUAAUUGACCCCCCCUCCCAUUCUCCCACCCCACCGCACAUCUCAACCUGACCUUGGGCUCAUUUUCUGUGUUGCUAGGUGGGGUUCAGAGUCGGGGAUGGGCAGGCAAUGCACAAAUUGAGUGUUUUUGUCGACUGGAUUGCUAAUGGAUAAUGUUCCAUUGGAUUUUUCUUUUGCUACAUUGCAACCUAACAGUGUGUUGCUGUGGGAUGAAUUUGUGUGUCCAUCACAGGUUUGAAAUUAAAAACAAAAGCGGUGGUCUCAAAAGUUGUAGUCAACCAUUGUGAUUCUUGUAAGCAGAAGGCCCAAGGUAGGCAGCCAGGAAGGGAAACAGUUCCAAUAUAUGCUGCUAUUUAUAUAUAAAACCAAUUACAACACCUGUUUCGUCAUUGAUAAAUGUAUGUUACCGUAACUCAUGAGCACCUCCAUAACUAGGACAACUUGUAAUCCGGGUGUAGUGCAGUACUUGCUAGAAUUGCAGUUUGUUUGCAUUGUUGUGUACAGAAACGGCAACAUAAUUGGUGCGGCUUUGCUGGCGUAUUGGGUGCCAACCAACUCUUAAGAUGCCAGCACGCCUUUCUACACUCAGCCUCUCGGCGUGUCUACACUCAGCUCAUUGGACGUCGUGUUAAGGCAAUAAUAUACAUAGAUAUAAACAACAUUAGAAAGUGGUCGGGGGUAGUAAGUCAUGAGUUUUUGAGCCUUGCGUUUGUGCGUUAACUUAAUGUUAAGUCCAUUUAGAAACGCGCAACUCUUAUAACCUAGGCUAUUUGGUUUUUCCCAGUGUGUUUUUUUUUACAUUUCUGCUGGCUGACUUGGCACCGUGUUAACCCUUUCCUGACGGGUGGAAGUGUCGGAAAUGGACUGUCUACAACCGGGCAAAGUGAAUUAAUAAGCGGGCAUUCUAAAUGCAUGGCCCAUCAUGUUUCACUCAACAAGACAAGUUUUUUUUUUAAACUGGCAUUCCAAUUGGCUCGAAUGCUCGUGUUCUCGCUUGUAUUGUCCUUCCAAAUUUGUCGGUAACAUACACGGGUGGCGUGAAUUGUUUGCAGAGUUAUUGGGUCUCUGCAGUGAAAUUCAAAUGUAGGUCCACGUUGGCUUGCAAUGCCGAUUGUAGGAAUGGGGUUAAACAGCUGUCUUAAGUGGUGUGUCACACUGUAAGUGAACUUUGAACUUUGGCUCGAGAAACUGGGUUCAAUUUCACAGGCAGUGCAAAUUGGCCAUUGCCACGAGUCCUCUACAGUGCAGCGUACACUUUCAGGAGGAUAUGAUUGAGAGAAAAAAAGCGGAGUUUGGUUUGUAAAACAAAAAUGUUUCCAGUAGAAAUGUUAACAUUGUUUGUUAUGCUUUUUCAUUUGGGUUUGACUGCGAUAACAUUAACUCGCCAGCACCAGGCUAGCUUCAAUGUCAAAUGAGAAGCCACAGACAUUGUGCCAGAAUUUGGAGGAUAAUGCAGAGCGAGGUUGCUGGGUUUGCCUGUAGUGAUGCAGCAACACUCGCUUUGCAUGAACUGGACGACUUAAUGUUUACAGUCUCUAUAAUUAUUGCAGGUUUGCUAAAAUGGCUGCCGUAAAAGCCAAUCGUGUAUUUUUUUUUGCUUGGUUUCAUUACCUUUCCUCUUAACCGAGAAGCAUUUUCAAGAUUGUGAUUUUUUUCUUUUCAUUUUGGUGGUUGGUUAAGUUGGGCGUGGGCCAGUGACAGGCAAACUUAGGGCAGGCAGACGAACAUAAAUGCCUGUUAUUAAAGUUUAAACCUGCUUGUGUCAAAAUAUAAAGAAUGCGAGGAUUGGCGUUUGCAGCGUGGUGUUGGUAUGUUAAUAUUAUAGCGAUUCCAAUUUCCCUUUUCCCCCCUUUGCCCUGCGGCCUUUAGAGUAAAUAUCCUGCUUUGCAGGCGUUUAGUCUGGUGGCCCGGUGGGUUUUCUUUUUUUGUUCUUCUGUUGUACGGCGGAUCUCCGUUGCCCUGUAUGUAUGUUGAAGUGCUUUCGCGCGCCGUGCGUAGCCAACCGUGCUAAUCGGCGGUGUGUGAGAGACUCGAACGCUGCAGUAGCGGUGAGCGUUAUCACGAUGUGACAGGAUUUCCGAAUUCAGCACGGUCGUGCAGUUAAGUGCCGUCGCCUGGCCUCUGUGAUACAGUUUUACUGCGCACGUUUAUGACUUGGCUUCCCAAUUAUUCGCCGUUUCAUCUUCAUUGAUCAGUACGGACAAGUUUAAUUCCGGUUGUAUGCAGUGACGUAAAGAAAACAAAUUCUCAAGUGCCCCCCACAUGAAAACGGUGGUAUGGAAGGCUGACAAAGCUGAAUGGCAGGUUCAAUCCAAAUACAACCUAAGUCUGCCAACGCAUUUUUUGAGGGGUAGAGGGGGGAUGCAAUUUAACAACCAAGCGUUUCAUACACAGCAGUGCACUAUUAUUAAUGCAGUGGAGUUGCUUUUCCUAAAAAUUUUCGGUUUUGGGGGGGGGAUGGAAAAGGAUGUGAUUAAUUUACAGUAAUCGGGUCAAGCAACCCUGAAGGGGAGGCUUUUGGCACUCCGCUGUAACUUAAAACUCGAGAGAGGGUUUUUCAUUUGAACGUUGGAUGCCUCCUUGUUGCUUGGGCUCUGACGCAGCAUUGCAGAAGCAAUGAUGGUUCCCACAGGCCAGAAGAAACGCAUUGGCCGAGUGAACGGAGAGCUGCCACGCAACCUUCGUGCACUGCCACCUAGUGCUGCUGAUGCCAACGAGGAAGCUUUCCUCUUCCCUUUCAAACGUAAUUAUUAUUUCUCACUCAGUUUUAAGGCUUAUGAAAUCAUAAUUCAGCAUUCCUUGGUUUUUUUUGCUACGUUGUAAUUCCUCAAUCUCCCAUGUGAACCUGUAGGUAUAUCUCGGUUUAUCUUAGGUGUCUUUAGAAUGUAGAGUCACGGUAAAAAAUAUUUGUUUUUGUCUGCAUGGGCACUGUUUUUUUUAAUUAAAGUGGUCAUCAAAGUUUAACGAGGAUAAAGCAAUGUACAUUUUUGGUUAGUAUUAAAUGUAAGUGAGAUGUAACUUCAAGCCUAUGAAUAUUCCCAAUGAAAUUUAUUGUCAAUGGUGCUAACAUUAAAACAGAAGAUAUUGCUGUGCUACAAUGAAUGUACUUGUGCACAUUUUGACCUUUUUUAUUAUUUUGUAAGGAACAUAAAAAAAUACAUGAGAAUGAAUUCCUAUUGUAAUUUAAACUGAAGAUCUUAAAUUUGCACCAGGUGUACAAACAUAAAAUGUGAGGAUUUCCAGGUGACAUUGAACAUUUGGGAGAUAUACUUUAUCUUAUCAUACAUCUCGGAGUGUAACGUACUUAAAAAAAUGGUAACUUGGGGAAAUGGUUUCUCUGUAAUGCCUGUGGAGUAUGCUUUCAAACUUUCUAAAUGCUGGGCAGGUGAUUUGAUCUUCUAAUGCGGUGCUGUGCACCUUGCAGAGCAAUGAAAUUUAGAUACAUUUCUUUGGCCUCUGGGUAUUUGAGAAAUGUAAGCUAUCAUUCAAGCUUCUGUUUUGGGUCGAGUAAAUAUUAAGUGAUGCGAAUAAAGGAAAUGAUUCCAAUAUUGCAUGUGGCAAUCAAACAACUGCUUGCAACCUUAAACUUGGCAGUCUUGGCUUAACAAAAUCCGGACAGCUUCGGGUGUCAUUGGAAGCAUUUCCGACGGAAGUUUUAAUAUACGUGAUUACAAAUCCGGUUAGCCUGCACAAUUAGGGAGGACAUGCAGUUGCUAAGGAAACAUUUUUCUUUUGGAAUUGAAAAUUAUCAUCUUUGCUCGCCCCGCUACGGGAGGGGGGUAAAAGCUGCUACAAGUCAUCGGCACGCUACCACGUGUGCAAUUCCCUCGCCACGUGGGACGAGCUCGACAUCACUGCUGCUGGAAGUGCGUCAUUUAUGCACUUUCCUGGCUGCUGCAACUACUGCGGCCAAAGUUUCUGCUUGUCUGUGUGUGUGUGUGCGCGCACGCGUGGAAGCAUGGGUUUCAGAAUGUCAGAUGGUUCUUGGUGGUGGGAGGGGAGGGGAAGGAGGUGAGUGACGAGAGUUGCUUUUCCCCUUGUAAAGUCAAUGGGACGGUCUGACUCUGGCACAUCGAGCGGCAGCAGUCCAGGACUAUAAACUUGUAACAAGAAGUGCACGGACCAGCAAAGCUUUACGGGCAGGCCAAGUCCCAGGCAAUGAUGCAGGGUCCCCGUGUCAGUAUCUUCAUUCUGUGUUCCUGCUAUUGUUGCCAGCCCCCAUUCAUCCACUACAGUUGAUCCAUCUGUAUAUACUCUUUUGAAAAAAGGCUUGAUUUGUACAGUACAAAGAAAACAAAAGGCCUUCCCAAUGAAUAACGCUUGGGUUACUAAUUUAGGCAGGGUUCCUAGCUUCAUGCGGAGCAGUUACAGAAUAUAUUCUUUGGUAAUUGUGCAUUCUUCAGCUACUGGGUUUUGCCGUAUAUAUGAUGCUCCAAAGGCAAACGGAGGGGGGGGGGGGGGUUAAAGGUCGAUGUCUAGACAGUUCUGAGUACUAAGAACGAGGAAACCCGAAGCGAAAAUUCAACCUCUGUUGAAUGUGCUGCUAAUGGAUGAUCGAUUAUGUUGAUGUGUAACUCCAGGUUCCUUUCUAGAAAUUAAUUGCAGGAGUUUGUAGUCAUCUGUUCUCGAUAGGCGAAGGUGCUAUCAGCAUGCUUUACAACAGGCCCGACAAGAUCUCGUUACGUACGUGUAAAUACCCCGAGACUGUAUUCAGCAUAUUAUUCUUUAUAUAAUAUUAACGAUGAUAACGGUAAUGACAUGUAAAUUAGUGAAUCGACGAAUGAUUUUUAAACAGAGAUACCAAAUCUGAAAUAGGUGGUUGAAGCGUUCUAAAAUAUAAUUUAGCGGUUUUUUGUGACAUUUCUAGGUGAUGCUUUUCCCCAUCCCCUGUGUACGCUUUUCCAAUGCAUUGUCUGGUGGUGAUGGGCUCCAGCAGUCAGUGAAGGCCAGAGCUGACAAUAGCUUUUUUUUCCAGGGAAGAAAAUUUACUUGAGCAGUUUGAAACAUCUAUGUUGUCCUUUGGAAAUGUUUAGAGCUGGGAUUUCCAGAUUAUUGAAGUAUUCGAUUACUCUGCCGAUUUAAUAGGUUUGAUGACUUAGACAAUGGGAUGACAUGAAAGUACUUGGGGGAUGGGGGGGGUGAUGGGCGGAACUUGGUAAUAUCGGCGUCUUUCCAAGUGGCUUUGUGGAGCGUCUUCCAUCUUUGGGAAUCAAGAUCUAGUGGUGGCUGUUAUAUUUAAAGGGGCACGGGUAAUCCACCCAAUGGACUACAAUUUCCAGUCAAUUUAUUUGGCUCGAUCGACUCAUCAUCCCAGCUCUAUAAAUGUUUAACUUUUGUCGCCCGCGGCCAUGCAGAGGUGCUGAUCCCCCCCCCCCUCCUUACAAAGCAUUAACCGGUGGGAGGAGGUAUGCCCCCUCCCCGCCUCGGCGUUUUAUUCUUAAACUAACAUUUAACGAUAGCUCAUGGUUUUUUUUUUGUGUCCAAGUGCUGCUGAAGCACAUCUUGUUUAAAAAAAACAAGACCUGUCCGUGGUUUUUGUUGAUUUGUUUCUGCCUUGGAGGCAGUCCUUGAUGCUGAGAAUGCGAAAGGCUUCUUCUGAUUGACAUUCUUAUGGGCAUUGAAAUAGACUUUGCAUCGGUUGUUUUUUUUCUUGAGCGUUGUUGCAGACUUUAUACAAUUUGUCAAAAAUUGUUGUACGGAUUCAAGUUGACGCUGUUUGAUCUUUGCGUACAAUAGGGGGGGGGGGGUAUUGUCACUCGCUACAAAUCGUUGAUGGACUCGGGAGAGGUGGGAGGGAGAUAAGGGGGCAGGGAGGGGCUUAUGACAUUCAGUUCAUCACUUGCUUUAUGCAGUCGGAGCUUGUCUAUCAAUACCGGGAGCUUUGUCGUCACCUGUGGGCCGAGGGAAGCUAUUUCACCCCCUUCACUUAGGGACGUCACCGACCACAAUCCCGAACCGUAAUCUUGUCAUUGUGUUUUUUUUGCGACUCCUUGAUCCGUCGCAUACAUGCACAAUAGUAGACCAGUCAGCCGGAUUGUAAUAUGCGUUAGCCUGCUAUCUAAUCUGAACAGUUUUGUUGUUGCUUAACGUUAUUAUUUUUUUAGUCUAAUUUUGUAAAGUUGCAGUGUGCUUACAAAUAACGAUUUUGCACAAUGGGAUUCUUCUCCAGAGGUGAAAUGUGGCCUAUUGGGAUGCAAUAUAAACACGCCAUUGGACAAUCCAACCGUUUUCAGCUUGCAUUUUAAAUGCGUUUUGAAACAAUAGCAAUGCCUUAUCACUACGGUAUACGUAAUGUUUACAGUAGAUACACAAAAACCAAAAAGGACAUCAAUAUUGAAACGAAAUCGCAUAUGUACAGCUUACCGUAAAACAGUACAAUAAAAUCAUGAGUUUUGCGAAUCAAUAGGUUUACGGGACACCUUUUGCAACUCAACUCUCGUGUCCUGAUUUGACAGCCGCAGGUGCAAAAUUGAGAGCUUUGAAUUCCAACAGGUUUUUUUAUUUUGUGUCAAUUUAAGGAGAGAAACCCCUCCCAACAGAGUUAUUUCACAAACGUGUAUAGACUACGUAACAUCACGUCUUGAGCAUAAUAACCUCUACAUAUAUAUUACAUAAAACAAAUGCGUAUCUAUGGAGGCCAGGCAUGCGGUGUCUGAAACGUUGUAGCACUUUAAAAAAAAUACAAAAUAAAAAAAGUCAAAAGUCCACGAUAUUAAACAUAUAUACACGUAUUCUGUCGCCAUGCUUUGUGACCCAGCUUCGCAUAUCCCACGCAGUUGAAAGCCCCCCCUUCCCCCCUCCCCCCUCUCCCCUCGUCCCUUCCCCCCCAAAAUGAACACUUUACCGCAUCGGUUUAAAUGUGUACGGGGUCUCGUCUGUAUUUAGCGUUGCGAGUUUGUAGAUUUACUAAGAGUAACUUACUCUGUGUGCGUGCGUGUGUGUGCGCGCGUGUCAUGGAUAUAGAACUUUGGAAUAAGCUGGUGUUUAGUGACAUAUACAUUAGCAGCGGAUCGAGUGGCAUGUUGAACGCACGCAUACGAAAUUGGAUGUAAAAAAAAAAACCUUUACAGUUGAUGCUUGUUAACAAGUUUUAUUUUAAGUGCUAGAUUUGUCGUGAUUUGACCCCCCCUCCUCCCUAACCUCCCUUCCACCCUUCGUGUGUACUUUUAUUUUUAAGUCACAAGCCGAUUAAGUGUUUAUUCCAUAGUUGCUCCCCCCCCCCCUUAGUUUUGGAUAAAAUAAGUAUAUUUAGCUUUGUGGGUGCAUAUUUCUCAAGCGGUGUUGCUUUUUUUCUUCUGCCUGCUGUAUAAUGCGCAGAGAGGUAAGAAACCCAGUGACUCGCGUGUUAGCAAAGAAAUACAAAGUCUGAUUUAAAUGAAUAACGCUUGUGUUUUUGUUCAAAGUGGACUGUGGAAGAGAUCAUUUUAAAGGCUGUAAAACAAAAAGAAGGUUCACUGAGGCUAAGGAAGAGUCGCGUACAAUAUAACGUGCGCGCGUAUAGCGCAUGUAACAGCUGAGCUUAAUCCUUGUUACAACUAUUUUGGUAAAGAUUUCUUGUAUACUGACUGGUUAUGAGGUUCUUCAAAAAAAAAGCUGGCUGUGACUACUUUAUAGGACUUUAUAGCAAACUAUAGAGCGCGUCCGUAAAGACCAAUGCAGACAUAAAAAAUCUUAGAGACUUGCACUAUGAAAUAAAAAAACAUAAAAUAUAAAGUUCUAUUCCGUUAAUAAUCUAUCUGUGGCAAACCACAAUCAGAAAUUGUGCUGAAUUUGCCACGUGUUAUGGUGCUAAUGACACACUUGCCAUCACUUUAUUGAUGUGUAGGUUAACCCUAUAUUGAUUGUGCUUGAAGUGCAGUUCAAUUUAAAAUGCACAUGGUUUUUACUUGCAUAAUACAAUAUAUUGAAGUUCCUUAUUAUUACUACUACUACGUUCUUUUAUUUUUCUUCGUUAAUUAAAAAAAAGUUGUAACUUCACGAAGCUUGGCUAAUAUGUUGAUGUUAUUGUGGCAUUGUUUGCGCGUGCGGCUCAUUUACCCAUCCACACCUCCUCCCAUCGGCCCCAAUUUCCAUCCCUCCUAUAGGCGAACUGAAAUUCAGAAUGUGGUGUAUGUCCUCGUCAGUUUGUGUGUGUGCGUGUUGUGUACUGACGUGUAAGGGCGUGUGUCUCGAUGUCACCUCUUACCGUCCACGUUGUUCUCACGCUCCGUUACGUCGAUUGAGCGCCGGUGUGGUUGACAUAUAGAAUAUGUUUUAUACACUGCUCCAAUACAACAAGGGCAUCCCCGUAUAGACGCACACACACACACAAAAUCAUCUUAUUAUCUUGUGUGAAUUAACAGAAAAAAACGAAUAAAUAAACACAUUCAAGAAUACAAAAUUGCCAAAGCAGCUUCUGCGUACGUUACGACAAUACAUUUGGGUACUUUUUUUUGGGGAGGGUGGGGGGUGGAGUUAUUUUAAAUACAAGUAUCUCCUUGUGCUGGUGCUUAUUUAUUAGUAAAUGAUACCUUAAUACGUAAGAAAUAUAUCUACAUUUUCUAUGAAGUUAUUUUAUACAUUACAAUGCUUUAGGACGGAAUUUUUUUCUUGUCUUGCUAAUGUAUAGCAAGCUAAGCAUUUGUAUACAUGCAUAUCUAUGCGCGCACGCGCGCGUGUGUGUGUGUCCUGGGCCUCCCCUAGCUCGACUCGGCCUCAAAUGAGUACCUGGUGCGAUAUGUAAAUGUCGCCACUAGGGAGACAAAGGCGGCCGGGCGUGGUGCUGGCCACCCACGUCCUCGUGUGCCGUGACGGCCUUCAUGGGUGCUCGCUAAAGGCACUUUGCGUGCCUCAACAGUCUGUGAAGGCUACACGGAGGGAGAGAGGGGGGGUAUUUCACGGUGCGACCACCUUCCAACUGGUGUCGCGUGGUGAUGUAGCAUGAACUAAAGUGGCAUUACAAGUUUCCAUCCAUACACACGCACACUGCAAAAGGCACGGGUGUUGUGUGGCUUAUGCAGUAUAUAUGCAGUACUUGUUCUAUACAUGUGUAUUAGGUGGUCACUUAGUCUUAUCCGUCGUAGUGAAUGUCAAAACACUUCCGUAGUGUUUAUUAUAAAACUCCCGCUUUUUACACGAUUACCUGUUCUCACUUUAUUACGAUUACUUUCGCGUGAAAUGAUUGUGUAACGUUAUUCUGCGUGUCAACUACUGUAUACACUCCCAAUGCCGCUAAUCCGCGCUUUAAAAUUACACAUAUACUAAAUCGGUUCUGUGGAAAGCAAUCCCUCCGCUUAGUUCUGUGUGUGUGUAUAUGAACUAUACAUCAACACAAUGGCAUAUCUGUAUACGAAUUCCAUGCCUACAUGCACAUGCAGAUGAGCGAGUGGCGUCAGUAAGUUGCAUUGCGGUCAAACUCGGAAUUCGCGAAACUUUUUCGCGAGCACCGCCUUGGAAUUCUACCAUCGGUGUCCUGAACAUUCUGACCGGCCGCUGCGUUCAGUGCCCUCGCCGAGUGUACGAUCUGAAGGCGUUUUUGUUGUUGUUCCGUCAUAACGGGACUGUGAGAUUCGUUUGUGUUUGUUGUGAGUCUACACGGCAGGGCGGUGGAGCGGCAUUGACGGCAAUGCACAAUCAACAAAAACUCGACAUUGUGUAAUUCACACUGCCCCUAAAAAGCUACAAAAAUAAUAUAUAGUAGGCAACGUUUCAGGCAAUGGCCCAACAUCUUCAUAACGUACAGCGCAUUCGAAUAUGUCGAGAAGGGCACGUUGGAAAUUGUGAGCGAUUUUGAUUUUUUUUCUUUCAGAUUGUUUUGGUAGCGUUGUGACUUACCCAUAAUAAUAAUAAUACACUACCUGCUACACGCCGCGUAUCGUGUGUGUCCCAUGUUUAUGCGUACACCCGUCCGCUCUACACUUAACAUAGACAGAAGCUCGUCACUUUGCUUGUACGUAAUGAAUGUUGCGCAUCAACCGACACGCUGUUUAGUAUUUCUCUGCUCUACAUGGCGAUGUAAAACUGCGUCUCGUAUUACUACUAUACUCGCACAGCAGAAUUAGUCGUCGGUAUAUAUAUAUUAGUAGUUAUAUAUAUAUUAGAACGCGUUGACGUAGCUGUUAAUGUACGCGAUUUUGGCACGCAAAAAACAACUCGGCACGGACUUUAGUUCCGGUUAGCUGACAUGGAGAUGACAUCGCAGUCAAUUGGCGACCACUUUCGGAGGGGAAGGUGAUGGGGUGGGAGGGGCGGGUACUACAGGCUACAUUAAUCGCAUGCACAGGUGUUGAUAAGCUGCCGUGCAGGUGUAGCAUGGAUAACUCCGUGCGUUCAUUCAUCGCGGCCACAAAUGCGCGUCGCUGCUCAUUGCUGUUGGACACUUCCGUUGAUUUGACGCGUGUGGCUUUUCGUUCCCGAAUAUCAUCAUCCUUGACACGCGCAGUUACGCCGAGUCGAGCUGCUGCUGCUGCUGUUGCCGUGCCGUUAAAGACGCGAUUUUCCUUGCGUACGGCAGGCAUCUAACGGUAACUACAGAGCGAUCCAUUUACAGAUACCCCACUGAAUAAUAUGGAGAAAUUAGAGUGCAGGCAUCGGGGGUAAAACAACCAGUUUUUUUUAAAAACACAUUUACAUCGUCUCCCAUCAACAGCAAUGCUACGAGGACCCCGUCGCUGUUUCCAAUAGUCAAUCAGCUGUUGAGAAGAAAGUGAAAGGGUCAUUGGACAGUCAUGGGGUAUCUGUAAAUGGUUAACCGUGUUGUGUGUGUAUAUAUACACACACAUGUUAACGGACGUCUGCAAUUGGAGUCUCCGGUCACCUGGUGAGUGUCUAUGCCUCAAUGUCAUCUUGACAUGCAAAGCAAGCUGGGGGCGCUCCCAUUGUCUUGCUGUUGAAAAUACAAUUUUCGUGUGUAAAGUAUCAUUAACGAGUCCGUAGGCGCGCGUGUGUGUGUGAGAGUAUAUAGCUGUGCUGUUUUUGCGGGCUGUACCGCGUGUUGUACGGCUUUUGAUGUCGAACGAUUCGAUCCACGUUGCUGGUAGCUUCAAUUCCCAAUUGGUGUGACAGCCCGAACAGACGCCGAUCAGAGAGCUAAACAGGGCAAUCACGAAAACUGAAGUAUGUCUCUGAGGCGCGAAUAGCAAGCAGGCGUGCAAAAGGAGACAAAGGCGGCCGGGCGUGGUGCUGGCCACCCACCCCCUUGUGUGCCGUGCCAGCCUUCAUAGGUGCUCGCUAACAGCACUUGCCCCUUGCAGUUUGUUAAGGCUACACGGGGGGGGGGGGGGCUUUGUCUUUGUAUGUAUUCAUCUCUUGACAUUCGUACGCACAUGUUUGUAGAGCUGCACGCACGCAUCACUCGGUGUGUUAUGUUGUCCGUGUCAUGCAGGCGGUCAAUAGGUCAACGGUUCGGGAGUGGAUGCGGUUCGCGCCGAGACUUUUUGCGAGGUCUUUUCCGAAGUUGCGUUGUUAUCUCCCGUCCGUGUGUACCACAACCAAAAGGCAUGAACGCCACGGCCAAAACACAUCUCAGCAACGUGUUCUUGCAACCGUUGACCGCACUUUGUACGCAUCUAAUUGCGUGUCUAUACCCGUGCACACAAACCACACACAUUGAGUGUACGUAUUAUAAUUAUAGUAAUAACAGCACCGAUGGUUUCCGAUAUUAAGAAGCACCCACAGGCGCCCAGACAGGGUUAAAUAAACAGCUGCUGCAUUGCCGCAAAUGUUUUAGCCGGGGCCCGGAUUGUGCAAUCUAUUUGCUUUCUUUUUUUUUAUGCGCGGCAUCGCGGUUCAUUGAGGCCCUCUUUAUAUUUACAACGAUAACACCGGACCGACUCAUCACCCGUCGCAUCAAUAAUCACAACAACAGCAACAACAAAAACCCAUUCCUUUUGACUAUACAUUGGAGCAGUGUAGGCGAGAGUUAAUUGUAUGAAUGGACAGUAAAAACAAGAAUUGCGUUGUAAAGCUGUGCACGCACGUAAGCGUGACUUUGAUUUGACCACGUUUACCCCCACCCCGCUAAAACCAUGAACAUCCUAUAAGCCAUGCACUCCCCCCCCCCCCCGUCUUUGUAUCUCUCCGUGUUUGUGUAUAAAUGUGUACUCUGCAAAAUGAUCUCUUCCAAACACGCUCCAAAACAUCUCCUAUCCACACCCCGUCCUGUUGUUGUGUAUUCUUUCGCAUCUCGUAACUUGGGUAUGGUCUGUUUUUUGCAAUGUCCAUUGCAAUGUAUUACUUGAUCAUUUGUGCUCGUAUUAUUUGUGUUUUAUUGUUGUAGGUUUUAUUUUUCAAAAAUUUUCUUUCUCGUUUGUCGCUUGGCCUAUAUGAUGUAUGGAAAGAUGCCUUUCUUUAUUACGUCGUUAUAUAUGCUUUGCUUAAUAUGAAUAACAAAACAAGACAACAAAACAAGACAAAACCGGGGUUCUGCAUACUUUGGAGCGUAGCGCUGAAACUUCUGACCAACUCUUCUGCUCUUUAACAAGACUCGGUGCUAAUUUGAGUCUUUUAUAUUUUAUUGUAGUCUGUUUGCUUUCAUGUACAACUUGUAUUAAAAAUAAAAUGAAACCCCAA